AUGGAAGAAAAGGCCAAAGAAGGUGGAGAAAAAGAAGUCCGGUACAGGGGAGUGAGAAGGCGGCCGUGGGGGAAAUAUGCGGCGGAGAUUCGUGACUCAACUAGGCAUGGUGUCCGGAUGUGGCUGGGGACUUUUGAUAAGGCGGAAGAUGCUGCUCGGGCUUAUGAUCGAGCUGCCUUCGCAAUGAGAGGAAACAUGGCCAUUCUCAACUUCCCAGAUGAACAUCGAUCAUCACCAAAUGUGGUGGAUAGAAGUAGGUGUUGUGAGAAUGAGAAAGAAGUAAUUGAGUUCGAGUACUUGGAUGACAAGUUGCUGGAGGAACUUCUCGACUUUGAAAACAAAACAUUGAAGAACUGAUGAGAGAGUUGCUGAAGAUCCAAAAUUCGGUUAGUAAAUGGUGGGUUGUGGGGCCUCUGGGGCCUCUGAAUUCUUCCAAUCUUAACAUCUGUCAAGAACAUGUGGAUCAUAUUAGCUGCCUUUCAAGUCAUAGUCUGGUUUUCCUCUAUUUUAUUUAUUUUUAUUUUUAUUUAUUUAUUUUUUUGAGGUUUGUCUUUAGAUCUCCAUCCAUUGCAAACUUGGUUAGUAAAGGUGUUUCGAAUCUUCAAACAAUCCAAACUUGGCUGGUAAAGUAAAGUCGAGAUGUGGGACCCCUGGCAAAGGAAUUAUAAAAUCCUUGAUCCAAUCCAAACAUGGUUAAAAAAGGGAGGGUUGUGGGGCCCCUGAAUUCUUCCAAUCUUACCCAUUCAUGAGCAUGUGGGUUAGAGUAGCUGCCUUUCUUGUCAGUCUAGUUUUCUUCUUUACUUAUUAGUUUUUGUCUUUGUAAAAUGUAGUGGCUUUGACUUGUUUGGAGUUUUAUAAAACUUUUAACUUGUGGUUGCCAAGCCGCCAGGUCAUAUUUAUGUUUCUCAUUUACUUUUGAGUGUGUUGUUUUGUUAUUUUCUUUUGGGAAGUGUAUUAUAAAUAAAUGUGAAGGUUGUUUAUGUGUUUUCAA